CAACACAAGGAACACCACUACAGUAGCCUGUAAAGGUUUGAUAGAGCGCCUCUGUGAUUCAACAUGUUUUUCUUCUCUAGAGUAGGUCAGUAGCCCAUACGUCUGUCGAACUGAAGGCACGUGUCCACUUGUUUUCAUUGAAGUUCACGAGAAGGAAAUUAGCAAGCGUGCAUACUGGGCUUCUGUUAUUGUUGUGGAAAUCGGUACUUUCAAAUCAACAGGCUGCAUGCUAGGCCUAAUAUAUUUCCAUACAUAUUUUCGAUACACCUGUCGUUGACUUGACGUUCAGCUUCAUACCAGAGCACCAACAAUGGCCUGUGAUAUAAUUGGGAUUUCUCACCAUAUUAAUGUGAAUCACAAGCAAGCCUGUAGUGACCUUGAGAAGGCCAGUCUAUUCAUAACAGAAGCAUUGCAGAAGGAGAUCCAGAGGAAUACAACUCUGUGCAUGUUAAUCCACCGUGUGGAAGAGAGCGCAGCUGAGAAUGGAAGGAGCCUAUCAGAGCAGGUGGAGUCAAACCGACAGCUGAAGCUCCAGGUGGAUGAGCUACAGAAACAACUGGAGGAGAAAGAUGACUCUCUAACACAAGCCAAACAGAGUAUUGCUGUCCUGAAGAAUGAACUGGGGGACCUGAAACAGCAGCUGCAGAGCCACCAGAGUAAUCAUGGGACGAUUCAGGAAGUGACUGAGUGGCAACAGGAUGAGAGCCUGACCAAUAUUGUGAAAGAGGAGGAUGGUGUCCAGCAGAAUGUUCUUGUUGCAGUUAAAGAGGAAGAUGCUAAUGAUGCAUAUCUGUGCAGUCAAUCAGAGGAAACGGACACCUCCACAGAACAGACACACUCCUCAUCUGCAGACAUUAGAAUGGAACUGGUACAGGAGGAAGAUAAAAAGUUAGACAUGACUCAAAUCAUCAGCUCUGAUCCAGAUGCGAUCAAGUGUUUGAGAUUGUCAGUUGAAUUGGUUGACUGUUGUGAAACACAAGGUCAGCAAAAAACAACCAGCGAGAACAAUGAAGUAGAAGAAAACCCCAAUUAUGUAGGAAUAGCAGGAAGGGGAUCAGAAAUGCCAUCGUCUGCAGUCCCCAAAUUCACAGCUGUCCCAGAGACAGAGGUGGGUAAUGGGAGGCCAUCUAAGUCUCCUGUUUGUGGAGAGGAUUUCUCCAGAAAGUCACUAAUGGAAAAGCCCCAGCAGGACACUCAAACAGGAGAGACGCCUCAUUUCGAACAAGACCAGCACACACAGACAGGAAAAACACACCACCACCACCAUGGCAAACGUGUUACGAGGGCCAAUGCUCUGUCCUCACACAAGCGCACUGACACAGGAGAGACACCUCAUCUCGAACAAGACCAGCACACACAGACAGGAAAAAAACCCCACCACCACCACAAACAAAACGGCAAACGUGUUACGAGGGCCAAUGCUCUGUCCUCACACAAUCGCAUUGACACAGGAGAAAUGCCUCAUCUCGAACAAGACCAGCUCACACAGACAGGAAAAACACACCACCACCACAAAAAUCACGGCAAACGUGUUACGAGGGCCAAUGAUCUGUCCUCACACAAGCGCACUGACAUAGGAGAGACACCUCAUCUUGAACAAGACCAGCAAACACAGACAGGAAAAACACACCACCACGGCAAACGUGGUACGAGGGCCAAUGCUCUCGUCGCCCACCAGCGCACUGACACAGGGCAGAAGCACCACCACAGUGGACAGUGUGGUAAGAGUUUCACACAAGCAGGAAACCUUAGGAAACACAAGCUCAUCCACACAGGAGAGAGGCCGUAUCACUGUACUGAGUGCGGAAAGUAUUUUAGAGAAUCAGGAGCUCUCAAAAAGCACCAGUGCACACACACUGGGGAGAAGCGCCACCACUGUGGACAGUGUGGUAAGAGUUUCAGGGAAUCGGGAACACUCAGGCGGCAUCAGGUCAUCCACACAGGACAGAGGCCGUACCAAUGUACACAGUGCACCAAAUCUUUUAGACGAUCGGGACAUCUCAAAGAACACCAGCGCCUUCACACAGGGGAGAAACCGUACUCCUGUGGACAAUGUGGGAAGAGUUUCCGGCAGGAUGGAACCCUCGGGAGGCACAAGCUCAUCCACACAGGAGAGAAACGCCACCAGUGUACAGCAUGUAGAAGAUCUUUCUCUCUGUUGGGGCAUCUAAGAAGACACCUACGCACUCACACAGGAAACCAGCCCACCCAACCGCUGUAAAAAGUGUGUCAAACGCUGUGUAAAUGUACGACAUCUCACCACACAUUCACACAUGCGUGUUACACUUGGGAAGAACUACUAGACCAACUCGCCAGGCAAAUUUUGUUUCGCGUUCAUCUAGUUUAUGAGGCUAGUUCUGAAGUUUUAUUCUUAUAAAUAGGCUACAGUAACUUGUAAAUGCAUGUGUGUAAAGUUAUUACCUUGUAGAAACGUGCAAACUUCAUUACCCAAAAUCAUACAGUUCUAUUCUUUUGCAAAAUUGUAAUGAAAUGUAUGUCUGGGUGGUUGACGUAACACCCUGUUUUUCCGUAACAUUGGUUAAAAACCUACAAAACAGUUACUUUUCUCUUAGAAACAAAUUUAAACGUAAGAAGAUGUAUGUUUCAUAUUAGUCUUAGAUGAUAAGAAACAUUUUUAUUAAGAUUCAUGUUAAGGUUUAUAUGUCAAAUGUCCUGCGGUGUGACAUGCUUAUGCAAUGUGUUAAUCAAUCCUUACUUGUUUUUCAUGUAUCAUGCAAGGAUAUAAGGAUACCAGGAAAUGUAUUUGUCACAUUCACACAAUUAUUACAAGUAAUACAGUGAUACCAUGCAUUGAAAUCACAGCUGUCUGCCUAUACGAUGCAUAGGCGGGUGGUGGUGGGUAUUAGUGUGUGUGUGGGGUGGGGGUUUAAGGAACAAUAGUAGAAAGAGCAUGGGGGAUAUGUUUGUGCAGAAUAUUAAUAAUGUUAUUGUAUCUUAGAGAAAUGUCACACCAAUGAUGUCACACCGCAGGACACGUUUUCCCAAAAAUGGCGAAAAUCAGGCGAAAUUCCAUGGACCACUAAGAGCUUUAUUUUUUUCCAUUUUUUCAGGAAUUGGAUUUUUUUUUUUCUUUAAGAAAUCGUGUUACGCCCUUAAACGUCAACCACCCCUCCUGAGGUAUACAGUGAGUUUUGAAAAUAGAUUUACCAUCAUGUAUCUCAUCCAUUCCUCACAAGGACAAUUAACAAGCAAGUUGAUAUACAAGAUUUGAAACACUAAAUGAACAAACACAAGAUUUGUACUUGUUUAACAGUAUUGAUAUGCAAUGCUAAUACAUUUUCGACCUUCUGGCUUGUUUGGGAAAGAACUUGUUACAACCUACCAUGUCAUCCAUGGCUUUGCUGUUUGUAGUGGCAGGGUGCUCAGAGAUUAACAAGUAGCAAUGCAACCAUUAUUUUCUAGAGGAACUGCUGUUUUACCUAAUAUAACUCAUACAUUAUCAAUAAUAGUAACUCACAAUAGUGACACCCGGACCUGUCGAAUCCAGAUGUCCAACGUACGGAAUGUCAGACCUGUGCUGACACAAUAUUCUACACAACGACUGGUCCAGGCCACGGUCCUGUCCCGCGUUGACUACUGCAACUCACUCAUGACAGGUCUACCUGCUUGUGCGCUAAAGCCUCUGCAGAUGAUCCAGAAUGCGGCGGCACGGUUGAUAUUCAAUCAACCCAAAAGGACCCAUGUUACUCCUCUAUUUAUUGAGUUGCACUGGUUACCAAUCGCCGCCCGGAUCAAGCACAAGGCAUUGACCCUUGCCUACAAAACCAUCACAGGAACGGCCCCAGCUUAUCUGAAGGACCUACUAACGCCUUAUGUUACUGGAAGAGAACUGCGCUCAUCCAGCACAAGCCGUCUGGCUCUGCCAUCCAGUCGCUCUAGGUACUCCCUGUCAAAAUUGUUCUCCGUUGUGGUACCCAAGUGGUGGAACAGUCUCCCAGAGGCAGCAAGACUAAGCACAUCUCUUGCAGCCUUCAAGAAACAACUAAAGACAUUCCUCUUUCGAGAGAAUCUACUAGACUAAUGCUUGAACUGGCCUUGCCCCAGGGCAGACUCCUGACAUGAUGUUUAGUUUAGUUUGUGAGUGUGUGUUUGUGUGUGUGUGUGUACUCGUUAUUUCCUCUUUAUUAAAAAAUAAAAAAAAACUAACCCCUCUUUGCAAUUGCACUUGUUGUUCUGUAUAUCUCCUGUGCACUUUGUAUUUGCUUGUGAUGUUGGCUUGAUUAUGU